AUGAAUGAAUUAUUCGGCCAUGCACAAAUAUGUUCCCAAAAUGCCGGUAGAAAAAACAUUAAAUUAUUUAACAUUUCAUGUGCAUUGAAAUUUCGCGCUGAAAAUUAUGGUGUUGAUAUUGAUUUGCCGCAAACAGGUUUUACUUUAGAACUAUCGAUUGAAUGUGAUUUGGAAAGUGUUAAAGAGAAGAUGAAUUCAGAAAAGAAAGUUGUCAAUAUUUCAUAUUCUGAUAGUUGUAUGAAAAGUUAUCCCUGUCAACAUCAUGAUGUUGAAUUGAUAUAUGACAAUGGUUCAAAAUACAACGUUGGACAUUUAAAUGGAGAGGAUAUUGCUCAACUCUAUGUCAAACAUAAUUUAUCUAUUCCUGAACACUUUCAAACGUAUUUAAAAACAUAG